CUCUGGGCGCCGUACAGCCAGCGGACGGAGGAGCGGAGGGAGCCAGCGAGCGGGACGCCAUGGCCAGGCUCUCGGCGGAGGGCUCCUGAAGGAGGAGGAGGAGGCAGAGCCCCCGGGCCCCUCCGCCGCCCGAUGCUGCGGAGACUGAUGGGAAGCUGAGCUGCAUCAUCAUCGUCGUCGUCGGUGGGUCUCCUUCAAGAGGCGCUUUAUAGCCUCCCUGUUUGCUGUGGGUGGCCUCGACGGGCCCCAGGAGAAGCGCGUGCCACGUGUGGCCCUUGUGGAUGUUUGCGGCAGUCCCACUGCCUGAGGAUGAUGCAGGAAGCAGGCAAACCCACUUGUGGAUAGACUCCCUUCCUUGCGGGAAACAGCUGAGUGAAGUUGCCCUCCAUGGUUUCUGUGCUCUUCCAGAGUCUGCUCUCUUCUUACAUAUACAAGAUUUGUAAAGGAAUGUUUACAAAGAAAUUGGGAAACAGUACAGAGAAGAAAGAGAGCUGUAAAGGCAAAAAGGAACAAGACGUUACUCUGUCUGGGCCAGUAAAGAAUCCCACCUUCUCCAAUACUUUGAGGAGCACUGUCCGGAAGAUUGCCAAGUGCUCUUCCGCUCGCAACCUGUCCACGGAGGAGGAGGGAGGCAGCCAGGACUUCUCCCUCUCCCCGACCUUCAGCUACCGGGUGGCAAUUGCCAAUGGGCUGCAGAGGAGCGUUUUCUUAACCAACAAGAAUGAGGACCUCCCUCGAGAUCCCUCCUCCAACGAGAGCUCCUAUUCUGACUCCUUGAGCGAAACCAAAGGCCUGAGCAGCAGCCGGGAACAUUCGUCUCACACGAUGCCCGUCAGGCGCAACCGGAAGAGCCUGAGCAGCCUGGCCCCUUCAGAUGGCAGCUCAGACGGAGAGCGCACCUUGCACAGCUUGAAGCUUGGCGCGCUGAGAAAGCUGAGGAAAUGGAAGAAGAGCCAGGAGUGCGUCUCCUCUGACUCGGAGCUCAGCACCUGGAGGAGGACCUGGGGCCUGAGGAGCAAGUCCCUCGACCGGACCGCCCGCCCGCCCAAGUCCAGCCCCCUGGAGCCCAGCUUCAGCUCAACGGGUUGCAUCAGCCAAACCCACGAUGUGAUGGAGAUGAUCUUCAAGGAGCUCCAGGGCAUCAGCCAGAUUGAGACAGAGCUCUCGGAGCUGCGGGGCCAUGUCAAUGCCCUGAAGCAGUCCAUCGAUGAGAUCUCCAGCAGCGUGGAGGUGGUGCAGAGUGAGAUCGAGCAGCUGCGGACAGGGUUCGUGCAGUCAAGGCGGGAAACCCGGGACAUCCACGACUACAUCAAGCAGAUCGGGCACACAGGGAGUAAGACCAGCCUGAGGUUCCUCAACGUGCCCGAGGAGAAGGGCGAGAACGUGGAAUGCGUGGUGUACAGGACUUUAGUAGACAGAAUGGGGUUUUCAGAGGCCCAGAAUUCUGUCAAAGUGGAGUUUGCCCACCGAGUGGGACAUCAGAGGGAUUGCCCCAAUGCUAAGCCCCGGCCCAUCCUCGUUUACUUUGAAACGCCACAGCAAAGAGACUUAGUUUUGAAGAAAUCCUACAAACUCAAAGGGUCUGGCAUUGGCGUCUCGACCGAUAUCCUCUCUCAUGACUCAAGAGAGAGGAAGGAGAGAAGCCUGCCUUCCUCACAGACCUACGAGAGCAUGGAUAUGAAGCCCCUGGCUGCUGAGGUGAAAGCGAAGAAACAUGAUUGGGAGUCACCCGACAGCAGUGACAAAGAACCCGAAUCAGAUAUAAAUCGGAAUAGCUACGCAAAGAUAUCCAAAUCGGCACCACAGAUUAAAAGGAGCCCUACUGCCAAGGCCCGGGAGGGGCUCCCAAACACCCAGGUCCUCCAGGGAGCUGCGAAUGGCAACAGGUUCCCUGGUCAAGUCAGCCACAGGGAAGAGUCCCCCGGGACGAAGGGCUUGGCCAAGGAGCCCAUGGCCAUCAGCUACAACACCAUGACCCCCCUCUGGCAGUCACAGAGCGACUUUGGCAUGCUCAAGCUCAGCCGGUCAGAAUCAGAUUUCUCUAAACUCUGCCAGUCCUACUCUGAAGACUUUUCGGAGAACCCGUAUUUCGGCAGGACCAAUGGCAGCUCGCUCUUAUCUUCUUCUGACCGAGAGCUCUGGCAGAGAACGCAUGAGGACUCCUCCAGCUGGUGCUGCAGCUCACAAGAGCGGACAUUGAACCAAGAAGGUCACUUUUAUAGGACUGGGGAUGAAGUUGACAAUGCUGAAGCCGUGGACAGUGGUGUCAGCAAUGGCCUGGUGUGUGCGUCCAGUGACAGGAGCCAUUACAGCGACUCCCAGGUCUCCCUGGAAGGUGAUCCUUCACAAUGGAAGGAGUGGAGUCAGCUAGAACAGGACACGGACCUGGGCUUGGAUUCCUCAACACAAGACGUUUUGACUUACGACUUGAGCAGCUCUUCUGACCCACAGGUAGACUACGGCCAGAUCUCUGAUAUCCAGUAUGAUGCUGAAAACAAUGACUUUGCCCUGAACGGCAGCAGCCCUCCUGCUCAGGGGCUCAGCAGUGAGCCACAGGGCCAGUGGGAUGACCAGUAUGGUGGCUACCAGGAGAGCACCCCCAAUAGCCUAUACCAGAAUCAGAACCGGUUGCCUGCCAUGUACCGAAGCCAAAGUGAACUGCCGAGCGACGACUCCGAGGAGGCGCCUCCCAAAUCAUGGCACAGCCGACUGAGCAUCGACCUUUCAGACAAGACAUUCAAUUUCCCUAAAUUUGGAAAGACUCUGCAGCGGGCAAGGUCAGCCUUGGAAGUGGUGUGGAACAAAAGCACGCAGAGCCUAAGUGGCGGCGAGGACAGCGGAUCAUCUUUCAUGGGGAGGUUUUGGACAUUGUCCCAGUCAACAGCGAAUGAAUCGAGUACCACUCUGGAUUCAGAUGUUUACACUGAGCCGUAUUACUACAAAGCCGAUGAAGAGGAGGGCGAGGAGCAGAAGGAGGAAGACUACAGUGAGCCUGUUGGUGAGAACGAGACUGACUACAUGGAGGUGAUGGAGCAAGUGCUGGCCAAGCUGGAGAACAGGAGGAGCGCCCAUGAGAUGGAGGAGCCGGUCUCGGAGGACGAGCCGGAGGAGACGCCCUAUGAGAGCCCCUGCGCCGUCUCGCAGGAAGAGAUGCCCGAGGAGUAUUUCAGUAACAAUGUGGUUAGUGAAGAUGUCUUGGAAUUUGUGGGUGAUUUGGUUCUUGAAACGGAAGUGGAAGAAGUGCUUGAAGAUGAAAACCAGAAUUUCCCAGAAGUUCCAGUUCAAAUUCCAGUCAAGACGAGAGUACGCCCAUCUUUUAAAGAUGCUGCUCUCAAGGCGUACAAGAAACAGAUGAGCGAGCUGGAGGAGAAGAUCCUUGCUGGAGACAGCAGUUCUGUGGAUGAAAAGGCUCGUAUCGUCGGUGGUGGCUCCUUGGAGGCCUCCAAGCUGGCCAUCCAGGCCUUCACUGGCCCGAAUAGCGCACUGUAUGGAAUCGACAGCAUGCCAGACCUCCGCCGCCGCAAGAAGUCCUUCCCGAUUGUCCGGGAUGUGGCAAUGAAGACUCUAGCUGCCCGGAAGUCCGGUGUCUCCCUGGCUAUGCUCAUCCGGACGUCCGUGAACAACGAAGAGAUGAAAAUGCAUGUUUUCAAGAAGACUCUGCAGGCCCUCAUCUACCCCAUGUCCUCCACCACUCCCCACUAUUUUGAGGUCUGGACAGCCACGGCCCCCACCUACUGCUAUGAGUGUGAGGGGCUCCUGUGGGGCAUUGCCCGACAAGGGAUGCGCUGCACCGAAUGUGGGGUCAAAUGCCACGAAAAGUGCCAAGACCUGCUCAACGCUGACUGCCUGCAGAGGGCUGCAGAAAAGAGUUCCAAGCAUGGGGCCGAGGAUAAGACCCAGAAUAUUAUCACAGCCAUGAAGGAUCGGAUGAAGAUCAGAGAGAAAAACCGGCCGGAGGUCUUUGAGCUGAUCCAGGAGAUGUUCCAGAUCCCCAGGGAAGACUUUGUCCAGCACACAAAAGCCGCCAAGCAGAGCGUCUUGGAUGGGACAUCCAAGUGGUCGGCCAAAAUCACCAUCACAGUGGUCUGUGCCCAAGGCUUGCAAGCCAAGGACAAGACAGGCUCCAGCGACCCCUAUGUGACUGUGCAGGUGGGCAAGACCAAGCGCCGGACCAAGACCAUCUUUGGGAACCUGAACCCCACGUGGGAUGAGAAAUUCUACUUCGAGUGCCACAACUCCACUGACCGCAUCAAGGUCCGAGUAUGGGACGAAGACGAUGACAUCAAGUCUCGGGUGAAGCAACACUUCAAGAGGGAGUCGGACGACUUCCUGGGUCAGACCAUCAUCGAAGUGAGGACACUGAGUGGAGAGAUGGAUGUUUGGUACAACCUCGACAAGCGCACCGAUAAAUCUGCCGUGUCUGGGGCUAUCCGGCUGAAGCUCAACGUGGAAAUCAAGGGGGAGGAGAAGGUUGCACCAUACCACAUCCAGUACACCUGCCUUCAUGAGAGCCUCUUCCACUACUUGACGGAGGUGAAGUUCAACGGGGCGGUGCAGAUCCCCUCCGUCAAAGGAGAUGAUGCCUGGAAGGUGUAUUUUGAUGAUGCUGCACAAGAAAUUGUGGAUGAAUUUGCCAUGCGUUAUGGGAUUGAGUACAUCUAUCAGGCAAUGACGCAUUUCUCCUGCCUCUCCUCCAAGUACAUGUGCCCAGGGGUCCCAGCGGUCAUGAGCACCCUGCUGGCCAACAUCAAUGCCUUCUAUGCACACACCACCGCCACCACCAACGUCUCGGCCUCGGAUCGGUUUGCUGCCACCAACUUUGGGAGAGAAAAGUUCAUUAAACUGCUGGACCAGCUGCACAAUUCCUUGAGGAUUGACCUCUCCAAGUACAGGGAAAAUUUCCCUGCCAGCAGCCCUGAGAGACUUCAGGACCUGAAGUCAACAGUGGAUCUGCUGACAAGCAUCACGUUUUUCCGCAUGAAGGUCCUGGAACUGCAGAGUCCCCCCCGGGCCAGUGCUGUGGUCAAGGACUGUGUCCGAGCCUGCUUGGAUGCCACCUACAAGUACAUUUUUGACAACUGCUAUGAGCUCUAUGCUCAGCUCAUGGACCAGGGCAAGAAGCAAGAUGUCCCCCGAGAGGAGCAGGGCCCGUCAAUGCAAAACCUGGAUUUCUGGACGCAGCUCAUCACCCUCAUGGUCACCAUCAUCGAUGAGGAUAAGACAGCUUACACGCCAGUCCUGAACCAGUUCCCGCAGGAGCUGAACAUGGGCAAAGUCAGUGCAGAGAUCACAUGGACCCUCUUUGCCCAGGACAUGAAGUAUGCCCUGGAAGAGCAUGAAAAGCAGCGGUUAUGCAAGAGCACAGAUUAUAUGAAUUUGCACUUCAAAGUGAAAUGGUUUUAUAAUGAAUACGUGCGAGAACUCUCCUCCUUCCGAGAGGCUGCGCCCGAGUAUUCCCUGUGGUUUGAGCCCUUCGUCAUGCAGUGGCUGGAUGAGAACGAGGAUGUCUCCAUGGAGUUCCUCCACGGUGCCUUGGGACGGGACAAGAAAGACGGGUUCCAGCAAACCUCGGACCAUGCCCUGUUCUCCUGCUCCGUGGUGGAUGUCUUCACGCAGCUCAACCAAAGCUUUGAGAUCAUCAAGAAGCUGGAAUGUCCAAACCCAGAAGCCCUCUCCCACCUCAUGAGAAGGUUUGCCAAGACCAUCCAUAAAGUGCUCACUCAGUACGCUGCAAUUGUCACAAACGACUUCAGCUCUUAUUGCGAUAAAGAAAAUGUGCCCUGUAUUUUGAUGAACAACAUUCAGCAAUUGAGAGUCCUGCUGGAGAAGAUGUUUGAAGCCAUGGGGGGGAAAGAGCUGGACCUGGAAGCCAGUGCAGCCCUGAAGGAGCUGCAGGCUCAUCUCAGCGCUGUCCUGGAUGAGCUCAGCGUCAUCUAUGGGGCCAGUUUCCAGCUGGUGAUUGAGGAGUGUGUGCGGCAGAUGGGCAUCGAGCUGAGCCAGAUGAGAGGAGACGGACCCUCUGCCAACAAGGCCAACAGCGCCGUGGAGGCAGAGAUCGUCCUGCGGCCCCUGAUGGAUUUCCUUGACAAAACCUUAAGUGCCUCCGCCAAGAUCUGUGAGAAGACAGUGCUGAAGCGGGUCUUGAAGGAGCUCUGGAAGCUGGUCUUGAACACCAUGGAGAAGCAGAUUGUCCUCCCGCCCCUGACGGACCAAACUGGCCCCCCAAUGCUCCUCAGUGCAGCCAAAGACUUCAGCCAGCUCUCCAAGCUGAAGGACCACGUCAUCCGGGAAGAUAGCAAGAGCCUGACGCUGCGGCAGUGCGCGAUCAUGGACGUGGUUCUGGCCACCAUUAAGCAAUACUUUCAUGCGGGAGGAAAUGGCCUCAAGAAGAACUUCCUGGAGAAGAGCCCAGAUUUGCAGUCGCUCAAAUAUGCGCUGAACCUGUACACUCAGACAACAGACGUUCUGAUAAAGAAAUUCAUUGACACCCAGACAGCGCAAAGCCAGGCAACAGAGAACACUGUGGGGGAGAUCCAGCUGCAGGUGGAGCUCACAGUGCAGCCAGGAACUGGAGAGCACAAAGUGACGGUGAAAGUUAUAGCAAUUAACGGCCUCCACUGGCAAACAAGUGCCAUGUUCCGGCCUUUUGUAGAGGUCUUCCUUUUGGGGCCCAGCCUCAGUGACAAGCGGAGGAAGCAUGGGACCAAGACCAAGAGCAACACCUGGUCCCCCAAGUACAACGAGACCUUCCAAUUUUUUCUGGGCAAGGAGGAGCGGCCAGCGGCCUACGAGCUCCACCUGGCCGUGAAAGACUACUGCUUCGCCAGGGAGGACCGCAUCAUCGGCAUGACCGUCUUCCAGCUGCGGAGCCUGACAGACGGAGGGAGCAGUGCUGCCUGGCACCCACUGCUGAAGAGCAUCCACAUGGACGAGACAGGGCUGACCAUCCUGCGCAUACUCUCUCAGAGGAGCAACGACGAUGUCGCCAAAGAGUUUGUCAAACUCAAAUCUGAAACGCGGUCCCCAGAAGAAACCGCCUGAGAACUCCAUGCAAGUAAAUGCAAAAAACAAAAACCGACGCCAAGGCCCUUGACCCAGUGUUACCGACGUCCGAACCAUGCAUGUGUCUGCAACUCUGUGGGAAUGUUUAACUAACUCUAUUUCUGUGUUUGCCAGAACGUAAAGUAUUCCGUUUGCCAGAUAUGUCCAAGAGCUCUCGAUCUUUUCUACAUGUUGGGGUCUUUGAAAAACAAGUAAUUGUUUCAAUGAAGUGCCAAAACUGCCAUCGCGGGCAAACUGGUUAAUGGCAUCUUUUGGAAAUGUUGCUUUUGUCGCAUUGCCCCAUCAGGUUGCCCAGCAACACGUUUGUCUUUUGGGUUGUGUCUUUGUUAGCGACUGGUGUGGGCUCCUCCAAGUCUCGUCCUCCUGGCCCCCCAUCUUCUUGCACCGUCCAGCCUCGGACCUUUCGGCCACUCGGCCAGUUUCCAUUUUAUGCAAACUCCAUUUUAACUCUUACUUCCCCCGGUGGUUUUUCUACCAUAACUUACAGGUGCAGUUACUUCAAGAAAGGGUUUCUAAUUUUAUAAUUGCUGAUAUAAAGAAAUGAUUUUUGCAUACAAACUUAAAAAUAAAAAAGGUGGAAAUGUUUUAUGCUGAUCUUUUCCCCCCGACCUCUCAUAAUGAUCACUGUGACGUUGAAUGGCUUGAGGUAACGUUGUUCCGCCAAAGAUAACACCAUCGCAGUAUUAAGGGGGUCGUCCUGUUGUUCCCCAUUCAGAGAUCGGCUGCAUGUGCAGGCCCCAUGGAGACCCUCAGAAGCCCCAUUCAGAGUCGGUGAGAGGGCUGGGAGGGGGUGGGAUCCUACACAGCAGCCCCUGGUUGCCUCUUUCAAUGAAGCAAAUGGGCCUGGGAAGGCCACAGGCGGCCAAGGAGAAGGCUGUGGCCCAUGUGGGGUGGGAGGAGGAGGAGUGCGAGGAGACGCCAGCCAGAGGUGCCAGCAUUGGUCCUUGGCUCAGGGUGCCCAGGGAGGGGGCUUCUCUCUCCUCUGGGCAGGAACAGAGGGCCCCCUGCCCCACGGCCUUCUGGAUAGCAGCAUGUGGGCGUCUGGAGGGGUUUGCGGAUGCUGCUGCUGCUGCUGCUGCUGGACUAUUCAGGGUUAAAGGGAGGGAAGGUGGAGUGGGGGGGUUCCCCUUCUGGAGACCCUUCCCCUAGAAGCAGUUUUGCUGUUGACAUUUUUCACUCUGGCCAUUACAAACCUUCUUUAACAUACUUAGCUGGAAUCUCAGUUAAGUGCUUUAUUUCAUCUUUUUAUUUUCAUAAAUGUUUGAAGGUUUCUACUUAUGCAACAUGCCUGUGUCCUGCACUGAGGCAAAAAAAAUAAAACCAACCAAAAUAUCAUCCACAUGCUGUAAAUAUAUUUCAUGAGAAAUUGUAAAAUAAAGCAAGAAGAAACUA